GCUCCCACAUACACUGCAGCAGCCAGCAUCCCUUGUGAGUUGUUCUGGUCGGCGCCGGCCACGAGAUGGCAAGCGCCGUUGGCGGGCUGAUCGCCAGCAAGCUUGCCGAGCUUGUCUGGGAUGAGGCUACCCUGUUGUGGAGAUUCAAGGACGACGUGGAUGGCUUGAAGAGGACCAUGGUGAAGCUGCAAGCUUUGAUGCGCCAUGCUGACCGGAGGGAGGGCCAGGAUGAAGGAGAGAGACGAGAGAUCAUGCGGGUUUGGAUGAAGGAUUUCAAGGCUGCAGCCUACGACAUUGAGGACUUGCUGGAUGAGUUCGACGCUAUUGAACUCAUUAAGCAGGACCAACCCAAGAUUAAGCUAUUCUUUUCAUCCUACAAUCCAUUCCUGUUACGGUUUACAUUAGCUCACAAGAUGAAGAAGGUAAAGGAAGUUUUAACCAACAUAGAGAAAGAGGGUUGUGGGACCCUUGAUCUGGUGCCCCAAGAUACAUCAAUGUGGGCUGAUGAGGUGGCUAGAAAUCAAGCUAUUAUUUCACCCACCAAUGGGGGCAUCGACAUUAUUAGAAUGGUAGGAAGGGAUACUGAAAAGGAAAAGUUAAUCAAAUUACUGAAAAGUGAAGCUGAUGAGGUUGUCUCAAUCAUUCCUAUUGUUGGACUUGGUGGCCUGGGGAAGACAACACUAGCCCAAUCAAUUUUUUUUGAUAAUAGAACCAAAACCUUUGAUCUACGGGUAUGGGUCUAUGUGUCUAAGAAGUUUGAUCUACAAAGAAUUGGGGAAAUAAUCAUAUCAAUAGUGAGUAGGAGUACCAGUAUUGAGCCAAGCGAAUGGUACAUCACCCUAAAAGAUGGCAAUUUGCAGUCCAUUACUGAAAUGUUGAAAAGUAUGCUCCCUACCAAAAAGUAUUUGAUUGUUCUUGAUGAUAUGUGGGAGGAAGGUGUGGAUAAUUUGGAAAAACUAAAGCAUAUGCUGCAAUAUGGUAGGAAGGGAAGCAAGAUCAUAUUAACUACACGAAUGCAGCAUGUAGUGGAUAAAUUGGAUAUUGGUGCUCUAGCUAGUCAAGGAAUAAUCCGCCCUGUGCGCAAGAGUGACCAAAUCAAUUUAAGCAUUUUAUCAGAUGAUGACUGUUGGAAUGUGAUGCGACAAACACCAUUCUGGCAAGAUGAGGAUCUAUGUGGAUUAGAAGCAAUUGGUAGACAAAUCGCCAAGAAGUGUGCAGGUCUACCACUACUAGCACGAUCUCUUGGAUUUUUGUUAUCCCAACAUAAGUCUACAGAGGCAUGGGAAGAUAUAAGGGACAAGAAGAUUAUUUUGGGUAUGGAAGAAAAUACUUUGUUGCAAGAGCCUUUGGAGGGCCUCAUGUUGAGCUAUUACUACAUGCCGUUAAAGUUCAAGUUGUGCUUCACAUAUUGUGCAGUUUACGCCAAGGGCUUUACUAUCGCUAGUGACAACCUCAUCCAGCAAUGGAGAGCCCUUGGAUAUAUUCAAUCAAUCAUCGAUGGCAAACACUGUGUCGACUAUUUGUUGGGGAUGUCUUUUCUUCAAAUUUCCAAGACUUCUCAGAAUGCUCCAGAGGAUGCUGAAGGUCCCAUCAAGGUGACGAUGCAUGAUUUGGUUUAUGAUCUUGCAACGAUAAUACUUGGCCAACAGUUAAUUGCUCUAAAUGAUCCCAAAGAAUUGACUCAGAACAGCCUUGAGAAGAAUUAUUGCCGACAUAUGCAGUUUAUCAAUUAUCAGAAGCAGUCUAUUGAUCGGAAAAAAAUUCCAAGUAAAAUUAGAUCUCUCCACUUUACAGAGUGCGACAGAUUGCAGCUUCAAGAUAAGUCAUUCUCUAAAUGCAAGUAUUUGCGUGUCUUGGACAUAAGUGAAUGUUCCAUCCAAGGGAAAUCUGUCCCCAGCAACAUAUCGUUGCCAUCUUCCAUUCAUCAACUGAUGCUGCUAAGGUACCUCGAUGCCUCGGGCUUGCCAAUUACAUCACUUCCGAAAUCCUUGCAUAAACUUCAGAAUAUGCAGACACUAAUUCUGUCUAACUGCGCACUUGAAACCUUGCCUAAUAAUAUUGGUAGCCUUCUUAACCUUUGUUAUUUGGACCUAUCUGGCAAUAGCAGCCUCAAUAAGUUACCCGUGUCAUUUGGGGAGCUCUCUGCACUCUGGUUCCUCAACCUAUCAGCAUGCUCUAAAUUUUAUGAGCUACCUGAGUCAAUUGGCAAUCUUAUUUCUUUACGUCAUCUAGACAUGUCAGGCUGUAAUGUGCUCCAAAAGCUCCCUGACAAGUUCGGUACCCUUCCUAACCUCUUGUUCCUAAACUUGUCCAGCUGUUCGAAACUAGUUAAACUGCCUGACAGUAUUAACAUCAAGUCUUUAGAGCAUCUAAACCUAUCAAGUUGCCACCAACUACAAGGCCUACCAAACAAUUUUGGCAAUCUUGAAAAUCUCAUGUUCUUAAACCUCUCUGACUGCUACAAUGCACAUAUGUUACCAGAGUCCUUUUGCCGACUUAAGCAUCUAAAAGACCUAGAUCUUUCAGACUGUCAUGAUCUAAAAGAGCUCCCUAAAUGCUUUGGUAAUCUUUCUGAGCUUCAUUCUCUGAAUCUAACAAGCUGUUCUAAGCUGCAAUCAUUGCCCGAGUCAUUUGGUGGUCUGUCAAAGUUGAAGCGCCUUGAUUUGUCAUAUUGUAUAAGGCUUGAAAAUCUGCCAUCGUCAUUUCGUAGCUUGCAGCUUCAAGUACUGUACAUGUGGAAUAUCCAUGAGUUGCCAGAGGGUAUUAGCAACAUGACUAGUCUCAUCAAGUUUGAAGUCCACUCAGUAAAGGGGUGGUAUAUAGAUUUCUUUGGAACUCCUUCCAUUUUGAGGCUGCCUUACAGGGUAGUAGAACAUAGUGUACAUGAAGUAAACGAGGUGGGUUAUGGGCCACAUAGCAGUAUAGUGAGCAUUGGGAAAUUGGCUUGUCAACACCUACGGAUUAAUCACCUUGAGAAAGUCAAGCAUUCGGAAGAUGCGGAGAGAGCUAAACUGAGAGAUAAUGCUGACCUCCAGAAGCUAUGCCUUUCCUGGGGCCAUGAAGAUAUGACAGAGAACAAGAGAGAUGCAGAGGUGUUGGAGAACCUUAUUCCUCCUCGGACUCUAGAAGGAUUCGCACUAAGAGGUUACAUGGGCACAAACUUCCCUAAAUGGAUGCUUGAGAUCUCCUCCUAUCUUCCGUAUCUCACCAGUAUCAAACUCAUGAAUUUAGCAUGUGAUGCUAUUCCUCCACUUGGGAUGCUGCCCAAUCUCAGGCUAUUGCUUAUCAUCCUAAUUCCCAACAUCAGGAAGAUCGGAAAGGAAUUCUAUGGAGAGAAAGGAGCAUGCAAAAGGUUGCGAGUUAUUCAAUUAUAUGGAUUGAAGAACUUGGAGGAGUGCUGGACAACACGGUCAGGUGAAGAAGGUGAUGAUUUCUUAAUCCCUAAUUUGCACAUGUUGGAUGUAUGGGACUGCCCAAAGUUGAAGUUCCUGCCGUAUCCCCCCAAAAGUAUGUAUUGGGACUUGACCUAUGGCGAUGAGGUGCUACCACCAAUGCAUGGGUUUGGGAGGCUUUCAUCUUCCACUCUUCCUUUUGAAGCCAUAAUCAGAAGCAAAAGUUUUACUACUGACAAGUGGGAUCGACUUCAGCACCUUGCCACCCUCGAGGAAUUGAGUGUCACUGGUUUCCACAGCUCAUUAGCCUCCUUCCCAGAGGCCACUCCAUGUUUCCCCUCUCUCAGAAGACUACAUUUGAUGCUACCCAGCCUGGAGAUACUGCCGGAAUGGCUGGGGCAGCUCAUUACCCUUGAAAAAAUAAUCAUCAGGGGCUCGCCCAACCUGACAUCUUUGCCUCAAAGCAUACGGAACCUUACCGCCUUGAAGAGACUGGAAAUUGGGAGCUGUCCAAGACUGGUUGAGAGGUGCAAGGGGGAGGAUGCCCACAAGAUUUCUCACAUCCCAGAAGUAGAGUUGGAUGGCACAAGAUUCGUGCAGGGACAACCUGUCAGAGAAUAAGAGAGGUAGAGUGCAAGAUCUAGCAAGACCAUACUGAUGAACCUUUGGAAGCCAUGCUAGCUAAGCGGUGGAUGAGAGGCACGGAGGUUGACUGAAGCAUAGUGGUAUAGUACAUGUAGAUUAUUACUAUGCCAAGCAAAGUUUAAUCACCCAGAUAUAUAUGGGUGGCGGGUGCUAUGAGUUACAUUGCCACAGAAACUUAGCUCACUAAAGCAAUGCAUAUUACAACUCUUGCUCAUCAUGGAGCUAUAUAUCUUGGUAAUCAGGUUACCUAUCGGCGGAGGCAAAGGCAGCCAUCACGAGCGAGCAAGGAGGCGGAGGAGGACGUGGUGUCAGGCUGUCAGCGGACUAGAGGAUGUGGAGGUGAUGGACAUGGAAUAUUUGCUGAAACUGGAUGGUGUGCUUCUGGGCAAAUGUAACAACACUGAUAAUGUACAAAUGUACCUAUAGCUGAUAUCAACACUGAUAAUGUGCUUGUGUCUUGUGAAAUUUAUUACUGGCAAAUGUAAUGGAGGUGUGCUUCUA